CUUCCCCUGUGUCUGUAUUUGUGCUUCUGAGGCUAUGAAACCCGUGUCUAGAAACCUCUGCCUCCUGGGGGACACUGUUUGUCUGAAAGACUCAGAUCCUGCAGAGCUAGUCCUGCCCUGCUCUCCUCCCUCAAGUCCCUCCUCCCACAUCCCCCUUUGGAUUCUGUUUGCCUGAGAGGGACUAGGAGCUGCUUCCACCCACAGAGCAAUGGAGCAGUCCCGAGGUGAAGUUUCUGAGACUGUGAAAGGCCAGGAGACAAGACCAAGGACCAGCGGGAGGCUGUAUCAGAAGGAUGCUGUGAAUCAGGCCUGUGAGAAAGAAACUACAUCUAAGAACAAUGAGACCCUGAACAUUGUCCUCGUGGGAAAGAGCGGGGCUGGGAAGAGUGCCACUGGGAACACCAUCCUUGGGCGGUCAGAGUUUGUCUCUCAACUCCGAGCCCAGCCAGUCACCACCGAAUGCAAGGAAGGCAAGAGGACAGAGGCUGGGCAGGACAUUACGGUUGUAGAUACCCCUGAUCCCUGUAAGUUGUCCAGUAACCAAGGGAUUGUCCAAAAUUAUAUGCCCAGAAGUGAUGGCAACACAGUUCUGGUACUGGUGCUCCAGCUGGGACGGGUCACAGAUGAAGACAAAAAGGUGAUGGCGACACUAAAGACCGUCUUCGGAAGGAAAGUUAGAGAUUAUAUGAUUGUGCUUUUUACUCGGAAGGAAGACCUGGGGGAUGGGAACAUUGAAGAUUACUGCAAAACCACAGAAAACAAGUUUCUUAAGAAGACAAUUAAAAAGUGUGGGAAUCGAGUUUGUGCUUUUAAUAACAAAGAAACUGGCCAAGCCAGGGAAGACCAGGUAUUAGGUUUUAUGAAAAUGGCCAAUGAGCUGAUAUGUAACAAUAAAAAGUCCAUCAACAAAAGAAUUACCGGUAGAUGCCCAGGAAAAGCAAAAUCCAAAAAAAAAAAAGUCUAAAGAAAAUGAAGACAGUCAUAAUAGGUGGCUGAAAUGCCCGGGGCCUCUUUAAGAUAGAGACAUGCUCAGGUUGGGGGGUAUGGUAGGACUGGUAGGUGGGAAGUGGGUUCAUGACUUUGAGGGCUUAAGAAGUCAAUUGUGUCUUACCGUGUAAUGCUUUACCUCUUUGUAUGUAAAUAAAUUGUCAGGUUGGGGCAGUAGUAGGGGAUUAUAAAAGAACAAGAAGAAAUAAGGUAGAGAAAAAGUCAGAAUCAAGUCACAAGAAUGACUUACCUAUGUAGGUAGAUUGCAGUCAGGUCAGCCCCAGGAACAAGGACAUGGCCAGCAGCGGCCAUAACACAUAUGGUUACAAAGAAUCAGGGUUUCCGGAUGUGUGAGAGUCCUGGGCAUGCCAGAGAGGAGAAGCUGGACUCCUGUGGGCUUCCCCCCUGCCUGCCAAGCCUGCUGGCCCCUGAGCUAUUCCUUCCUAAUGUCCUUCCUGUCCUCUCCAUUUCAAGUCUAAAUGCAAAGGACUCUGCCAUCCCCUCUUUCUUCACUCUGAGGAAAUGAACACACCUCUGUGAUGAUUCAAAGGACUGUAUUGUUAAAUCAUCAUAGUGCAAUAGACUAGAAUAAUAAUCAGAAUCCUAGUAAAAUUGCCAAAAUUAUACAACCUUGCAAAAUUUUUAAAUUCUAAGUAUAAUGUAGAUUUUCUCUAAAGAGUUUAUU